AUGAAGGCGUUCUUGCUUGUAUCAGCUCUACUUAUCAUCCCAUCCAUCUUGCUAUUCAACUUCAAUUACAAUUACUCCUUUUUGAUUGCGUCUCUAACAUCCACUAAAUCGCUGUUAAAUGAUCUACAUAUAACAAUACCAAUUGAGCUAAGAGUUGAAGAUGGAAUGAACUAUCCUGAUCUCCAUCUUGCUGUUCAGACUCAAUUAAACCAUGAAAUAUUCUCUGGUCCUUUAUUACUAGAUUACAACUUUCAAAUCAGUACUUUGGUUUCAGCAUCAGCGAAUUCCUCCUACGAUACCUCCCACUCAGCUUACAACGUCAAGUUGUUUCUCACUGAGGAUAAAGAUGAAUCAAUUUAUGUUGAUUCUCUUGAGAGAUUUGGUGUUCUAUACUACAAUUUAGAGACUAUAAACACGAAUGAUUUGCCCUUUUACAUCACCCAAACAAUUUUCUACAACAUGUUUUUAGAUGAGUAUAAAUUG